GUAUUUUGCAACUUCGGUAUGUAUUUUACACAAAACUAGGCUGACCGAAUCUUUGAGAGCUGUCGGUCCCGGUAUGAAAAUUAAUGUCUCUUUUUGCGCGCGCACUACUACCCGAAAAGGUAGAUCGAGGGUAGAACGAAAUGGCCCCUGUAGUACAGUGUCCUCGAACCGGAAUUGAAUAUACCAUCGGGUUUAAAUCUUGCCAUAUCUUUGACCGGAACUUUUCGUACCAGUGGUAAAUAAAUUUAUACUGAUUUUUUUAUUUAUUUUCAUAUCAAUUAUAAAAUAGAUUCAUAUCAAAUAGAUUGAAUCUUCUAGUUACAUGCCGCUUCUAUUGGAGUCAGGACCUAUUGGAUCAGAUUGACCGAAAUCAGGGUGUGAAAUGAUGCUCUAUGUGAUCAGCUUCUAAGGAUUUUGGAAAAGCAUGCUGAGGAUUUGUUUCCUCAACAUCAUCAACUUGGCCUUAGAGUCCGUUAAGGAGGCCACCUUGAAGGCCAAUGAAGAUGUUAAGAGCUCAUUUGAGGGAGUUAAUAUGACCAGACACGUAUUUGGAAAGACGUUGAACAAAUGUGGGAUAGAAAAGAUCGUACCUUUCGAUCCACAUCAACUCAAAGUUAAUUGUGCUUGAUAUAGUUCUCGAGAAGUAUAUGGGCUUUUACGUUGAUUGAGCAUCUGCUUUAUCUUAGAGCAUGACAUUCUACUUUAUAGAUAUAUAUUAUCAUAAAGUAAUUCAUCAACGUAGAUUCUCUCAACUUUCUUUACAACAUUACAAAUUUUGUUCAAAAUUGACUGCCAAAAUGUGCCAAAGGCAUAUAUGGGGUGAAACGGGGAAACCCUGUUUUUUCUUCAAAAUCUGAAGCUUGCAGGAAUCAAUAAAAUCUUAAUUUAUUAAAAAAUAAAUGGUGUGUAUUACAGAAGGGAUAAGUAUAAAGCAUGUUUGUAACUGUUCAAUUGUCUUAUCUUAUACUGGUAUUUGUAAAACGUAACUUUUAAAAGAGUUUUCCCUUUAGCAUUGCCAAAUGUUUCUCUCCUUAUCCGGCCUGGAUUUGUAAUCUCUACAGAUUGCUGCUUUACUUAAACUUAUACUCUUUAUUUAGACUUCUAUUUAUAGAGAAACACAUAUCAAACCUGAAAAAAAUAAGUAUGCAGCUUAUUACAUUUUUAAUUCUAACAUUUCAAUAUCAUUUAGAUUAUUACCUCCUAGCUGUAGAACCACUUAGUUUACUGUUUGUUAUCUCAAUAGAGAAUCUUUGAAUAGUGUCUUAAUAUAGAUUAUUAUAUAAUUUAAUUCCAUUGAAGUCUAAGUCUGUCGCUUGAGUAUUCGUUCUUGUAUGAAGUGGCUGUAAAAAACUUAAAAAAGUAUACGAAAGAUGCCCCCCAACUUAGUUAGAGAGUGAGUGCAGGUACGAUAUAUUAUUUACCCUUAAUUUUAUAUUAUUCUAUUACUUAGUAUAUAAGGAAAUAUCUUUACUUUAUAUUCCAAUUUCUUCACAUUUCAUAUUGUAUUCUCUUUUCUCUCAAGUUAUCAUUAUCGCCUUGAGGA